AUGACGUCUUUGAAACUGCUGACAACCGCCCUGCUGCCUCCCGCAGGGCUCUGCACCCCCCCAGAGCCUCCUCACGGAGCUGCCGAGCUGGACGAGAUCGGCACGGAGGCUCUGCCCAGACGGACGCCUGCUCCCGCCUGGCUCCCCACUGCCAAAGGUGAGGAGGGGGACUUCUGCCUGCGCUCGUCAGACUGCGUGGCCGGGCUGUGCUGCGCCCGUCACUUCUGGUCCAAAAUCUGCAAGCCGGUGCUGAGGGAAGGGCAGGUGUGUACCCGGCACCGGCGGAAAGGCACCCACGGCCUGGAGAUCUUCCAGCGGUGCCAGUGCGCCGAGGGGCUGGCGUGUCGCCUCCAGCGAGAGCAGGGCCCCGCCGACGCCUCCCGCCUGCACACCUGCCAGCGGCACUGAGCCUCGCCGGACAGACCCCGGGCACCACGGGAUGGACUCCGGCCCUGCUGGAGCAGAAGGUUGUUUCUCAAGGGAACUACUUUUAAGCAACUAAUUGCAGUACGUUACUGUGUUGUGAAUACUCAAGCUGGCACUUAAGCUGUACAUAACGCCGGGACUUUUAAUUACUUAUUUUUUUCCAAGGGUGCUGCCAUGUGCUCUUCAAGCCGUGACUGUGACUUUGUACACACUGGGUUUUUAAAUCUAGGUCAAAGGGAUGUGACCAUCUGUUUGCGAGCGAAUAAACUGUUCCUUAAAA